AUGACAUACAUGAAGCCUGAAGAAACCAGCAAGCCUUGCAUCCUGUACCUCUUCACUACCUCAUUCCUCUUCGUUUACGCUAAUAGUUACGAAUUCAGCGAUGCCUUGAUAGGGCUACAUUCAAAUCCGCGGGUAUUUGAACAAUGCCAAGUGUUUGCAACAUCUGACCCUACAAGUGGCGUUCAUCAACAAGUAGUCGUUCCGGAAGUUUCGCUCCGGACCGCAUGCCCGCUUCGCCCUAAAUGUCAGACAUGGUUCCGGACAUGGCUUUCUGAGGGCGACCCUGUGUUGCUUCAGCAAAUCGCAUUAUUGUGCCAAAAGCUGUCGAUGUGCCACGUACGUUCAUUUGCACGGCCCUUCGCUUAA